ACAGAAGAAGAGAAAGCAGAUGCGUGGGCUCGAACUGUAGAUGUCAUCAAGACAUACAGCGACGAGAUGGUGCGACGCUGGAACGCAGAGAUCGAUACCUUGCUUGUUUAUGCGGGCUUGUUUUCUGCUAUCCUGACGGCCUUCAAUGUCCAAUCGUACCCCCUUCUCCAACCGAACGCACCUGACCCUGUGUUGGUCACCUUACAGCAAAUCUCGCAGCAACUCAGCGGCUACACGGUCCACGCGCAGAAUGUAACGUCUUCGUCUUCAGCCCCAGCACGGUCUGAUGUUUGGCUAAACAUCCUGUGGUUCUCGAGUCUCAUCUGCAGUCUCUCCUCCGCGUCCAUCGGCAUCAUGGUCAAACAAUGGCUAAACGAGUACAGCACUGGCCUCUCCGGGUCCUCCCACGAGAUCGCUCGCCUUCGUCAACACCGUUUGGACAACCUCGCGAAAUGGCGCGUCGCGGAGAUCGUCGCACUUCUCCCC